GAGAGAUCGAGAGAGACCCAAGUCACCUCCCCGACAAAAACAAAAACAGGCCCGUGCUUUGAGGUGUAACUAUCCAGCGCAUGUUAGCAACCAGUAGCAGCAGAGAAGGCCGGAAAGUCCAGAAGUAUCGACCGAUCGAUCAAUUCUCUGAGAAGAGAGAAAGAGACAGAGAGAGCAGUCAGCAAUGGAAGGAGCAGAAUCUGAACCAACUCGGAUAAUGGUAGCAGUGAACGAGUCGUCAAUCAAAGGAUACCCACAUGCAUCCAUCAGCAGCCGCCGUGCAUUCGACUGGACUCUCCAGAAGAUCAUUCGCUCCAACACCUCCGGGUUCAAGCUCCUCUUCCUUCAUGUUCAAGUCCCUGACGAGGAUGGGUUUAAUGACAUGGACAGCAUUUAUGCAUCACCUGGAGAUUUCCACGAUAUGAAACAUAGAGACAAGAUUAGAGGGCUUCACUUGCUGGAGUACUUCGUUGGGAGGUCUCAUGAAAUUGGGGUUCCUUGUGAAGCAUGGAUCAAGAAAGGCGAUCCAAAGGAAGUGAUCUGCCAUGAGGUGAAGCGAGUGCGGCCUGAUCUUCUGGUUGUAGGAAAUCGUGGGCUUGGCCCUUUUCAAAGGGUGUUUGUUGGAACUGUGAGUGAAUUUUGUGUAAAGCAUGUGGAAUGCCCUGUGGUUACAAUCAAACGCAAGGCGGAGGAAACCCCAUCGGACCCUGUUGAUGAUUGACGGCUCCCAAUCUGAGCGCAAAUUUGUAAUGUUUCCAGACAAUAUUACUUGUCACAUGACAAACACAACACCAUACAUUUCAAAAAAUGGAACACAGAACAGAAAUUUCAAUGUAAAAACUACAGAUGGGUUUCAUGCUGAAUGGCAGAUGAAGGAGCUUCUUUCUCUCGUCA